UCUUCCCAAUCCAUUCUUAUAUUUUCCAAGCUAAACGGGAAUCGAAACCAUCUGAUUCACGCCAUGGAGACCUCUGGCAUUGUUUGCAAGACAGUUUCAAGGUUGCCGGCGGCUAGGGUUGAUUUUAGCGGACGGUUUUCCAGGGAGUUGAAUCAUGGUGUUGGAGAUUCCAGGGUUUCAGUUAGGCCGAGGAUUAAAUCUUGCAGGAGAUUGAGUUGCCAGUUUUCUGAUUUAGGGCAUGUCCAGUAUUAUGUGUCACCGAGGGGUGGUGGUAGUGGCGAUGCCACGAAGAAAGACAAGGGAAAGAGCUGUGAGAUUAAACAGGUCAAGAAGAAGCUGAAGCUUCUCAAGCGAUUGUCCAAGGACUUGUCCAUGCUUCCUCAGAUUGCUGAUGGCGAGGAUAUUAGGAUUGGAUUGGCCGCUGAAGUUAAGGCCACGAUGAUUCAUGAAGCAAGCGGUGUUUUGCUGGCCCAACUGCAAAAAUUGAAAUCAGAACAAAAGGAGUUGAAGAGAAAAUUGAAAGAGGAACGAGCCAAGCUCAAAGCCACUUUUGGGAAAUCAGAAUCAUCAUCUUCCUCUGAAUCAAGUGACAGCGAAUGUGGGGAGGUAGUUGACAUGAAAGCCCUGAGAAACAAUGCUUUGAAACCUUCCCUAGAGUCAGAAACACCAAUUGGCAAUGCUUUGAAACGACCCGAAGAGAUAGUUAUAGAAGCUCCAACGGUGGCAGAGGAAGCAACAUUAGCUAACUCGCUCAUGGAACUAGAAAACUCAGAUUCAAGCCCCCAAAUUCGGAUACGAGUUCCUCUUACUGGAUUGGAUGGUGAAUGUUGCAGUUCAAAUGGCUUCAAGGAUGGGCAGAGCAACACCCUUGUGGAAGGGACAUCAACCAAGAAGAUUGAAGUUUGCAUGGGUGGCAAGUGCAAGAAGAUGGGAGCUGCGGCGUUGUUAGAAGAAUUUGAAAGGAAGGUGGGUGCAGAAGGCACUGUUGUGGCGUGCAGAUGCAUGGGGAAGUGCAAGACCUCUCCAAAUGUGAGGGUCUUGAACUCUCAAACGGAAACUACAACGAGAAUCAAUGAAGACUCUGUUAGACUUGGGAUUAAUCCUACAUGCACGGGUGUUGGGUUGCAAGACAUUGACCUCAUCGUUGCAAAUCUUUUGGGCAAGAACAUAGAUGAUGAAUGUCUGAUGCUCUCUUCUUGAGUCUUCAUUUUGUUUCAUUCUUCGAUUACGAUCAUGAAUUUGUUAAUAGUGUGAAUAGGGGAAAUAUAGUGGAUGAGCUAUUGGCAUGGAUGAAACUACUUUAAAUCUAGGCUCUAGCAGUCUAGGUGAUAAUGUAAAAUGCUUUUAUCUUUCACGUUUUAGAGUAAUGUCGAAUGCAGCUUGUGGUUUUUAGUUUGUUCUGCAAAA